UUCGAAUAAAUAUCCGCGUAAGAAUUCCGCAAUACCAAAAUUUAUUUCCACAGAGAGCCGCGAGCGGGAGGGUGGAGGAGAGGAGCGACGGAGAAAUGGAUCCAGAUGCGGUGGCUCGAGCAUUCGUCGAGCACUACUACCGCACCUUCGACACCAACCGGGCUGGACUUGCGGGGCUUUAUCAGGACAGCUCCAUGCUGACCUUCGAGGGAGCGCAUACGCAGGGUUCUGCUGCAAUCACCGCCAAGCUUACCAGCCUACCUUUCCAGCAAUGUCAGCACAACAUCUCCACAAUUGAUUGCCAGCUUUCUGGUCCCGGUGGGGGUGUGCUCGUCUUCGUUAGCGGUUCUCUCCAGCUCGCCGGUGAGCAGCACUCCCUGAAGUUCAGCCAGAUGUUCCACUUGUUCCCAACAGCACAGGGGAGCUUCUUUGUGCUGAAUGACAUUUUCAGAUUGAAUUAUGCAUAAAGCAAACUUUGCUUGCUGAAUCUGGAAGGGUAACUUGUCUGGCCGGAGUGCUAAAAACUAUAAAUAAUCUGUGAUUCUGGAUUUACCAUGUAAGUGUUGAGUCUGUUACAUAUCUUUUAUGGGGCGUUUAUUUUUUGUGUCCUAGUUUUAGACCAACUGUUCUUUGGCAAAUUGUGUUUGCCUCAUGUUCUUGCACUUCACAGAUUUAAACUUUGGCAUGCAUGUUACUCUGUUUGCAAAUUGUCUGAUUUUAUUUUCAAUUGAGAUUUCA